AUGACCUCAUCGAAAAAACACUGCAAGGAAAAAAUUGCACGUCGCAAAGAGGAGAAGCCAGAGGAACCAGAAACACCGAAAUAUAGGGACCGAGCAAAGGAGCGAAGAGAAGAUCAAAAUCCCGAUUAUGAACCGAACGAAUUGGGGUCUUUUCACGCGGUUGCUCCACCGGGAACUGUUGAUGUCAGGUCAGCAGCUGAUGCGCAUAAGAUUUCUAUCGAGAAGAGCAAGUACCUCGGAGGUGAUGUGGAGCAUACGCAUUUGGUGAAAGGACUCGAUUAUGCUUUGCUUAAUAAGGUGAGAAGUGAGAUUGAUAAGAAGCCAGAUUCGGCCGAAGAUGCUGAUGGGAAGUCUAGAGCAUCCAAGGAAGAGCAAAAAAUUUCUUUUCGGACUGCAACUGCAAAGUCAGUCUAUCAAUGGAUAGUCAAACCGCAAACCAUUAUCAAGACAAAUGAGAUGUUUCUUCCUGGUCGAAUGGCUUUUAUUUUUAACAUGGAAGGUGGAUACUCUCAUGAUAUUCCAACCACAUUGCAAAGAAGCAAAGCUGACUGUCCAGUGCCAGAGGAAAUGGUUACUGUCAGCGUUGAUGAGUCUGUGCUUGAUCGAAUUGCUAAAAUUAUGUCAUAUCUUCGCCUUGGAUCUUCUGGGAAGGUUCUCAAGAAGAAAAAGAAGGAUAAAGACACAAAAGGAAAGGUUUCAGUUGUUGGCAAUGAAUAUGAUGAACAUGAUAAACCUUCAAAACCUAAUGGUGGCAUGUUGAACAACAAAACUGAAAGGGAGAUUUUGCCACCACCUCCCAAAAGAAAUCUGCCUGAUUCUCAUGAGAAGCAGCAACCUGCUGUUGCUAGGGAAGAAGAGAGUGACAUAUUUGUUGGGGAUGGCAUUGACUAUGAAGUUCCUGGAAAAGACAUGAUGCAAAGCCCUAUUUCAGAGGAUAUGGAGGAAUCUCCUCGAAACAAGGAAAGAGCAUCCUAUUUCAGUGAACCAGCUUAUGGUCCAGUGCCUCCCUCUGCGCCAUCUCAUGAAUGGCAAGACAUGAAUGGAUAUGAUGUCACCCAUGCUCAAGCACUGGCUGCUGGCUACCAGGGAGAGUGGCAGGAUUAUCAAUAUGCUGAGCAAUUGGCAUAUCCUGAACAGUACAUCCAGCAAACAAUGCAGGCAUAUGACAUGCAAGCUGCUUCUAACAUUCCACUGGAUCCACACUUCAUGACUCAAGAAGAGAAGGAUCGGGGUUUAGGGUCUGUGUUUAAGCGGGAUGAUCAGAGGCUUCAACAACUGAGGGAGAAAGAUGCCAGAGAAAAGGAUCCCAACUUCAUCUCUGAUAGUUACUCAGAAUGUUACCCUGCAUAUCAACAUUAUACUCGUGAGGUCAUGGACAGUGAUGAUGAAGAUGACUUGUCGAAAAUGGACAUGGGCGGUCGGGCAAAAGGUCGACUUCAUCGAUGGGACUUUGAUACAGAAGACGACUGGGCAAAAUACAAUGAGCAGAAGGAAGCAAUGCCAAAGGCUGCAUUCCAGUUUGGUGUCAAGAUGCAAGAUGGUCGGAAGACAAGAAAGCAAAACAAGGACCAGAAGCUUAAUAAUGAGUUGCACCAGAUAAAUAAGAUACUUGCCAGAAAGAAUAUGGAGAAGGAGAACGGUGAUGGUGGCCAUUAUGAUGAUGACACACCUUCUGGGAAGAAGCAACGACUAUGA